AUGCUAUAUGAGAAGGAUGUCCGAAAGAAGAAUGAAGAUCGGCGGAAGCUCGGUCGGUCGAUGAAGGAAAGCUGGGAUUCAGCAGUCAAGAAGUUGGCAGAGAGUCAUCAGCCCCACGGCAACUUCUCCAUGUUUGGGUUACAGUUCUUCGAUCAGAAGUUGACUUUCCUCAAGCUCGACUACCGGGGCCAUUACAGGCUGUGGCAAGUGGACUCGAGCGACCUCCCCGUCCAGACGAGUGACUUCUACGAAAAGGUGACAGCAUGUUGCAGGAGUGCGCUCAGAUUUGCUCGAGCAGUCGCAGAGGAAGUUCGACAGCGCAAGGAGCUUCCUGCCCUCUCUCCCCGCGAUGUUCUAUUGUUGAGACGCGCUGCUAGCAAACUCAGUCCCACCACCAUCUCUUCCGAUGAGAAGAAUGUCUAG